AUGGUUUAUUUUCGAGCGGGAAAUGAAGAGCAAGCUGCUCAAAGAGAGCUUAAUCGAAAUACUACGCUGACUGCAUGGUUAAAAUUAAAUCAAUCUGAUGAAAAUGCAGUGCAGUUUCUUUACACAGAUAUUCCUUAUCAUUAUGUCUACGAUAAAAAAGAAACUAAAUGGAAGCCACGCAAAAAAGGUGGUGACAAGAUAAUUUCAAGACUCUAUACAGUAAGCAUAAAAGAUAUUGAGAGAUUUUAUCUACGUCUUCUUCUAUUACAUGUGGCUGGAGCUAAAUGUUUUAAAGAUUUGAAAACUGUUAAUGGAGUUGUUUAUGAGACAUUUAAGGAUGCAGCAAUUGCAAAAAAUUUGGUGGAAACUGAUGAUCUUUGGGGAAAAACGCUAGAGGAGGCAAUAGAAUCGAAAAUGCCUGUACAACUUAGAGAAUUAUUUUCCUACAUUUGUAUAUUUGGAACUCAAAUAGAUGUAUUAGCUAUUUGGAAUAAAUACAAAGAUUUCUUGAUUGAGGACUUUGUACAUAAGAAUGUUGUUAAUCUUGAAAAUAUGGCUUUAAAUCAUAUACAAGAAAUUUUAAUAAAUAAUGGAAGUAGCUGUGAGAAUUUUCAAUUACCAAAUCCAACUCCAGUAAAUAUUUACAUAACAGAGUAUAAUGUGGAUGAAGAAAGAAUACGUGGUGAUUAUUUAUUAUCGACAUUAAAUGCUGAGCAAAAGCACGUAUACGAUAUUGUCAUGCGAGCAAUUGAAAAUCAAAAUGAACUUCAUCGGUUAUUUUUUAUUGACGGAUUUGCAGGAAGUGGAAGAAACGAGAUAGUUCUUCCAUGUGCCUCGACUGGAAUUGCAGCAACACUUCUAAAAGGAGGAAGAACUUAUCACUCCCUAUUCAAGCUUUCAAUUCCAAUUGAUGAUAGUGUUAAAUCCAAUAUCAGAGGAAAUUCUCAAGCUGCACGAGAACUUAUCAUUGCUAAACUAAUCAUAUGGGAUGAAGUGAGCAUGACUGUUGGACAUGCUUUAACAGCAGUUGAUAAACUUUUAAGAGAUUUAAUGAAGAAUCCUCGACCAUUUGGAGAAAAAGUAAUUUUAUUUGCAGGAGAUUUUAGACAAAAUCUUCCCGUAGUGCCACAUGCACAGAAAGCAGCCAUAAUUGAGUCAACUGUAAAAUACAGUUCUAUAUGGAGGAAUGUAACUCAGGUUAAACUAAAGCAAAAUAUGAGGACUGGGGAAGAAAAAGAAUUUGCAAAUUGGCUAAUGCAACUCGGAGAUGGUAAAUUAUCAAAUACGGAUGGACUACAUCUCGAUACAAUUGAAAUUCCCCAGAAUUUUAUAUCAAAAGAAUCUCUUAUUGCUGAAAUUUUUGGUGAUAGAAUCACCAUGGAACAGAUUAAAGAAAAUCCAGAUCGAACGAUUCUUUGUCCUAAGAAUGAGGAUACAUUCAAAAUUAUAGACGAAAUUCUUUGUCUAAUGGAAGGAGAAGAAAAAGAGUAUCUCUCAAUUGACUCUAUUCUCUAUU